AUGUUCUUCUCACGGAAAGUCAUCACAGAAGAUGACCUGGUUGAUCUCUACGGAAAGGUAGCUUUAGUAACCGGUGGAAACACUGGGAUUGGUUAUGCCACAAUUGAAUUCCUCGCUCGGAAAGGCGCCAAGGUUUAUAUGGCUUCACGGAACAAGGAAAAGGCGCAGAAAGCUAUUGAGGAGAUCGAGGCCGAGUUGCGCAAGAGUGAUGGAGAGGGCGAGAGCAGCAAAGGGAGUAUUCAUUGGCUCAAGCUUGACCUUUCGGAUCCGCGUUCAGUGAAGGAAAUUGGGACCGAGUUUCUUGCGAAGGAAGAAAGGCUAGAUAUUUUGGUAAACAAUGCCUCUCACACGUUAAAUAUGAGCUAUAGUGCAGCAUAUGGCCCCUUCAAACUCAACAAAGAUGGUCUGCUUGAUAUCAUGGUCGUCAAUCAUAUCAGCCACUUCGUCAUCACUGAAACUCUACUUCCACUCCUCAAACGUACUGCCGCACUCAAGGACUCGGAUGUCUCGUCCGCCGCUCACGCCGGAGUCAAACCCGAAUCGUUCAUCGGAAAGGAGAGCCUCAAUAAACAAUACGGCGAAUCCGUUACCGGCUAUAUCAACACCUACGGCAACUCAAAGCUCGCAAACCUCCUCCACAUCAAAAACCUCCAAAAUCGUCUCAACGCCGAAUCCGCAGGCAUUACCUGCCUCGCCCUUCACCCAGGUACUGUGAUGACUGAAGGUUCCGGUGACCUGCUCAAUUCCAUACCCUUCAUCGGAUGGUUCCUCAAGACUUGUAUCGGCCCGCUGGUGUUUGUGUCGUGGAAACAGGGCGCGAUGACUUCGGCGUUUGCGGCUGCUGGGAAGGAGGUUGCUGCUGAGAGGAAGAGAUACGAGGGAGUAUAUCUCGUGCCUAUGGCGAAAAUAGCGGAGCCGUCGAGUUAUGCAAAGGAUGAGAGAUUACAGAGGGAGUUGUAUGAGACGACGGUGGAGGUUUUGGAAGAUAUUGGAGUCGUGUUUUAG